AUGACGGCAAGACAGACAGUAACAGUACGCACACCCGACACGCAUAGCCCUCCCAAACGUACUUCGAGUUCACAGCAUUUCGAGCAGCAGCAGAGGCUUCCACGUUCAAGCUCUAGCUCAGGUUCUAUUUCCCCUCGUAACUGCACACGUCGAACAACAUCUUCAAAACCGUCACCAACAUCAACACCAAAACCAAAGCGCAGAAAACAAAAAUCCCUCGAACACCUCCCAAUACUCCAACCGGCGUUCAUACUGACACCUCUCAAUCCCGGAGCUAUGCCCAUGUCGCCUACCUCUUCUGCUGCUGCUGGCAACGUACCAGAGGACGACAGACCACGGCGCGCUGCGUCCUCUCCUCAACUCCUCCGAACGCGCGCGAGGAGCGACUCAGCGAGUUCGUCUGCCUCACUGACUGCUACGGAGGAUAACUACGCUCGAGCGCGUACUACCCACGCGUCAGCAUCGACUUCGCGGUUCCCAGCAGCACUACACCCAACGACGGCAUACCCUCCACUCUGGACCUUAGCCCAACCCCUCUCUUCCUCCUCUCGGAUGGGUUCCUCAAGCACAAGCUCCUCAAACAGCUCCGCAGAAGGCGAGGACGAAGAGGAGGAGGAGGAACACGGAGACGAAGACGGAACGGAAGACCUUAUCUUCUUUUCCCGCGCAGCGUCUUCCUCUUCAUCGGGUUUGCGGAAUCGAAAUAGGGAGAGAGGAGGGGGACAGCGGAAAGAGUCGGAGGUGCCGAGGGUGGUUACGACGGCGAGAGGACAGCCGUGUGCGGGAGAGACGGAGACUGAGGUGGAUGAAUUCGUGCGUUGUUCUUCCUUCAUUCGAUGUGUGUGUAUGUAUGCUGAUACUAACAAACAUUUUGACCCUACUUCCUCGUUCCGUGCUUCGUUCGUCGCUUCGUACUUCGUAAUUCGUGUGCAGCCUCAACGCCUUCCGACGUCACGAAACGUCACCUCGCGGCCCGUUGUCCCGCUUCUCAUCGACUUUCUCGUUCCUUUCUUGUUCCAAGUUACGCGUUUCCUGUCGGUUAUACCUGCAACGUUUGGCACGUUGUAUAAUCUUUAUCAUGUUGUCUACCCUCCUUCUCCACCUUCGAGUGGGGGAGUCGCUGUGGGACUGUCGGGUAUCGAUUUCGUCAUUUGUGCUUUAUGGGCAAUCCUAACAGGCACCCAAUGUCUCCUCCUCACAACAGGCCUCCUAGUGCGCUGGAAAGCCUACUACACAACACCCUCCACACUCAUCCGACUCGUCGCACUACAAUGUAUCUGCUGGCCCGCAACGCAUUUCACACUUGUGUUGUUUGAUCAUACGAAGAGACCUGUGGCGUGUUGGGCGUUAAUUGGGACGACGACGUGUUUGUCGAGGAGUGUACAGAUUUGGGUGACGAGUAACUUGUUUAUUACUGGACGCGCACCAGAUGGGCAUGGACAUCAUCAUCACGUUAAUGGUCACGCGAAUGGAAACGGGAUUGGGAUUAACGGAUACGGAAAGGUCCAGAGACUGAGAGAAGGGAGAGUAGGACCUCGGAGGUGGGACUGGGGAGAGAUGUUGACGAAGUGCGCUUUACCUGCUGGGGUUCUGUAUUUUGUGACUGCGUGGGGGUUGAUUUUCAAAGACGAGUUGCUGCGGAUGCAGAUGCGGGGAUGA